AUGAAUCCCAGUAAAUUGCCCAGCCUUGCGGGAAGGGGCUUCUUGGCGGCUCGGUCAAGAUCCCUGACGCGCGCUUCGCUGCCGUGCCCUCUUGCACCAGCGACUCUACUCUCUCGCGAUACGGCGAGAGAUUUUCGCACAACCGCGAAUCAGGCGGUCUCAAGGGAGACGUGGAUGCCCAUGCGAGUGAAAACGCCAUGGAUCGAAGCAUUAACUCAAAGCCGUGAUGCCGCACGCAAUGCCGAGGAUGGUGCGCAACCCACAUCAUCUGUCAAGCCGGACCUCACCCCCAAAAAGAUGUCAGAUAGCUAUUACAGUGCGAUCUUACCUUUGGCUCAGGAUAAAUGGCUCCUCGAUACUUAUCUCAAUGCUUCGGGGCAUAUUCGGCUGGGCUCUCUCGUCAUGGACCUGGAUGCGUUGGCGGGGAUCAUUGCCUACCGCCACACCGGUGAAGGAGUGAGCACGGUCACUGCGGCCGUGGAUCGAAUCACCAUCGAACAUCCUCUGAUGGAAAUUUGCGAUCUCGAGCUGAGUGGCCAGGUCACGUAUGCCACCGGGCGUUCGAGUAUGGAAGUUUCUGUACAAGUCUGCAAAGCACGACCGGAAGGCCAGCCUGCUCAGCCGGACGAUGUCUUGAUCACUUGCGCCUUCACAAUGGUUUCCUUGGACCCAGCCACGAAGAAGCCCGUGCCAGUGGCAGCUCUCACAGUCGAGACAGAGGAAGAGAUGGCCUUGUUCAAAAAGGGGGAAGAAAACUACCUCGCCAAGAAGGCUCUUCGUAAACGCAGUCUGCUCCAAAAGGCCCCCGAUGCAGAGGAAUCUAAUUUGAUCCAUUCCAUGUGGGCCAAAGAGAUAUCAUACAUCAGUCAGUAUCUGAUGCUCAUCUUGCUACUCGAGAACCCAUUGAUGCUGACAGCGUGCUAUGCAGAUCCCCAAAAUCCGGCCAGCCGCCCUGCCAAUCAAAUCCCCAUGAGUGACACUGUCCUCAAAUCCGCCAUGAUCAUGCAACCACAGGACCGUAAUAGGCAUAAUUUCAUGAUCUUCGGUGGGUUUCUUCUCAAACAAACCUUUGAGCUGGCUUUCUGCUGUGCGGCGGCAUUCUCUCACGCUCGGCCAAAUUUCCUGGCGCUGGAUCCCUCUACUUUUGAAAACCCCGUGCCGGUUGGAAGUGUACUGUAUCUUCGCGCUACGGUAUCCUACACCGAGGCGGAAGAACGUGAAGAGGGCCAUGGGAAAUACACCAGAGUCCAGGUGCGCGUCGAUUCCAAAGUACGGGAUGUGGAACAUGGCACGAAAAAGUCCACUGGCAUGUUCAACUACACCUUCCUUGUGGAAAAGGACAUUCACGUCAUGCCCAAGACCUACGGCGAGUUUAUGCUUUGGACUGAUGCUCGGCGCCGGGCGCACAACUCGGCUGCUAUUGUCGCCCACAAGACAAGUGCAUUGCGAAGUAUUCAGGACAGUGUUACUGAGUAG